AUGGCUGGAUGGAAACAAAUCUUGGUCUAUUUUGUGUUGGCCUUGUUAUUUAACAAAGUGCGAUGUCAAGGUCGUGUUGUGGGAGGUUUGUCAAUGAAUAUCGCCAACACACCAUAUCUGGUGCAGCUGAGGACCCUAAGAGAUGGUCAUCUGUUUUGUGGCGGAACAUUGGUGACAUAUUCCCAUGUAGUUUCGGCGGCUCAUUGCGUUCGUGAAGAAAUUCUGGAGAAUACCGUUGCUGUGGCUGGCGCCACAAGUAUCUAUGGAGAAGGUGUGCAGCGUUUAAUAUCCUCGUAUCUAAUACACCCCAGUUAUAGAAAUGUGACGGGAUCGGAAGCCGAUAUUGUUAUCUAUAAACUUGUUGCCCCAAUGUUGGGUAGAUUUAUACAACCAAUUGCACUGUGUUCACGGCAAUUGAAACCCAGAGAUCGUGUUCUAAUUUCUGGUUGGGGCAAACUCAAUGAACAGUCGGAACCCAGUAUUGUCGCGCACAGCGUUCGUGUACCGGUGGUGAAUCGCAAUUUUUGCCGGCGAAAUUAUUUGGCCCUUUAUGGAGAGGAUCGAAUUAAGAAUACCAUGUUUUGUGCGGCCGAAUUGGGUGUGGGCGAUGCCUGCCAAGGUGAUUCCGGUGGACCGGCUGUCUUUAGGAAUGAACUGUGCGGUAUUGUUUCGUGGGGUAGAGGUUGUGCUCGACCACAAUUUCCCGGUGUCUAUACGAGUGUUUGGCAUUUUCAGGAUUUUAUUGUAAAGGCGGUUAGAAAUAUGUGA